UUCAUGCAGUGAUUCUAGGAUCUUGUUUAGAGAUUUCAGAACAUAUCACCCUUUACUUUGUAGGCAGCCUAGGGCCUGAAGGGUUGGAUCGUGAAAGCCAGUAACACCAGUGAACUCAGAAUGACAGAAGAGAAGUUGCCCUGGUUGCCAAAGAAUUUUCCUGCUCUGCAUGUUCAAUAAGAGGGAAUUAUGGAGGACAAACGCAACAUCCCGAUCAUUGAGUGGGAGCAUCUGGACAAGAAGAAGUUCUAUGUGUUUGGCGUCUGCAUGACUAUGAUGAUCCGGGUGAGCGUUUACCCCUUCACGCUCAUCCGAACGCGUUUGCAAGUCCAGAAAGGCAAGAGUCUCUACAAUGGGACCUUUGAUGCCUUUGUGAAGAUACUGCGGUCAGAAGGGGCAGCUGGACUAUACCGGGGCUUCUUGGUCAACACCUUCACCCUGAUUUCAGGCCAGUGCUACGUGACCACCUACGAGCUCACCCGCAAGUACGUGUCCAAGUACAACAACAGCAACGUCGUCAAGUCACUGGUGGCUGGCGGCUCGGCCUCCCUGGUGGCCCAGAGCAUCACGGUGCCAAUAGACGUCGUCUCCCAGCACCUCAUGAUGCAGCGUGACGGUGAGACCAUGGGCAGGUUCAGAGUGCAGUACCAAGACUGCAAACGUAAUGUGGUCUUUGGCCAGACCAAGGAUAUCAUCACGCAGAUUUUCAAGGCUGAUGGACUAAGAGGCUUCUACAGGGGAUAUGUGGCCUCACUGCUCACCUAUAUUCCCAACAGUGCGGUAUGGUGGCCUUUCUACCACUUCUAUGCAGAACAGCUCUCUCGUCUGACACCUAGAGACUGUCCACACCUCCUUCUCCAAGCUAUCUCUGGGCCUCUAGCAGCUGCAACGGCAUCCACUCUCACCAACCCCAUGGACGUUAUCAGGGCUCGUGUGCAGGUAGAAGGCAAGAACUCCAUCAUUCUCACUUUCAAGCAACUAAUGGCAGAGGAAGGUCCCUGGGGCCUCACUAAAGGCCUUUCCGCCCGCAUCAUAUCGGCCACCCCUUCCACCAUUGUCAUAGUGGUGGGGUACGAAACUCUGAAGAAGUUGAGCCUCCGCCCGGAGCUUGUGGACUCUAGACAUUGGUAGCAAACAGUGAAUGAGAGAGUUUCUUAUAAACCCUAUGGACUCAAACGGUGCUUAAAAGCUCACCGAAAGAGGGGAUCUCCCUCGAUUACAGGAUUGUGUGGUUUCCCAGCAAAGGAAAAAGUCAAGAGCAGCUGCUGUCACUUCCUCAGAUCUGAUUGCAACACAACUUUCUACUGCUGUCUGUCUGGGGGGGGAACCACGGCAAAGCUUUUGACUGACAAGUCAUUCAAAGACAACCAAGUGUGUGAGUGAAACCUAACAUUUUCCUGAUCUCUUUCAAAUUAAAGACUGUCAGUUUAAGCAAAAAGAGAAAAAAAAAGUUUCAUUCUUGAAAUGAAUUUUAAUCUUUUAAUUUUGCCAAAUUUCCAUAUGGGGAGAAAUAUACAAACUCGAGCAGGGCCUCCUGGUGGAAAGUCUGCUUAUUGCAGGGGUAUUGUGGGAGGUGAAAAAUAUAUAUAUUAUAUAUGUAUAUAGUAAAAACUUUUCUCAAACAUCUUUUUAUGUUUAAAACUUGAGGGAAGAGAAUAACAAAUACCUAGAUCAGUUUUAAGACCUUGCCUACCACUUUCUGAAUAACUCUGUGCAUAAUUUUUGUAUAUGCUUGCAAACUAUUUCAUUUCCUCACAUAACUUCCAAAUGUCCAAGCUGGUGUUUUGAUGCACAUGAGAGUUAAGUAGCAUUUGAGGUGUUUGCUUCUUUUAGCUAAUGGCAAUUAUGCUUCCUAAUCCAGGUUUUAAUCAUCUUUCUUAUUUAUUUUUUUAAAAUUUCAUGGUGAUGUGGGGAUGAGAGGACAAUUUAUUGAGGGACUGACUAGUUACUCUGUGGCCUUGGCAAAUGUGAGUGUAAAUAUUCUACAGCCAAUGGAAAUGUCUGCUGUUCCCCAUCCUUAAUUUCUCUAAGCACAAACAAAUCCAGAGAUUGAUGGAAAUGCCCAAUUGCUCCGUUAGGGGCACAUUGAACUGGAUGUGACUGAGAAGCAGGAACUGAACUUGCUUUAGUGAGCAUAGGCUGUGAGAAGGAAAAUUGCUUCUUCCUUUCCGUCCAGCGCAUGCAUACCCGAUAGGUGUGCACCUAUUAACUACUGAGUAACAGUUCAGUACUACAAAAUAGAUCAAAAUUCUGCCUCUGUGGGAGAGGAAAGGGAUUUUCAUCUAUUUUGUUUUAGAGAAAAGCUUAUUCCAAACUCUGGCUUGUCUCUUAUCAGACUUAAGGUUCUGAAUCAAGUUGUGAGCGAGAGCCUGUACUCAGGGAGUCCGAUUCUUUUCUUAGUCACAUUACCCUAGACAUGCAUCCUGUGAUGGAGAGCAGAAUCUGGUCCUCAAGCUUUUUCCUAGCUUGUCAGAGGUUGGGGGGUUGGUAAGAUAAAGCAGAUAACCCCCUGCUUUCAAAUAACUGGUACUUAUACCUCAGACUGGUAUUUGGCUGCUGUUUUCCUCUCUCACUGCCUUAGUGCUGACCCUGUUCUAGCCCUCAGUAGAGCACAGGGCUCCCCAGAUCCACAGACUUGAGGAGCUCUUGGUUUCCACUGUGGAUGGAGUCAGGCCCUGAGGUUCAUCAUUAAGGCACAGACUUCCUGUGUGACACUGGGCAAAUUGUUCAGUCACUGUACUUCAGUUUCCAUUCUCUGACAUGGAGAAAAUAGUACCCUUCACAUGGAGUGUUAUGAGGAUAACCCACAGGCAUGAGAUGCUAACACAUCAAGGUGCUGGAUAUCACAUCAGGAACUAGACAGAGGUGAGAAGGGCAGCAGGCCACCAGCUGGUACAUCUGACCCUGACUCUGUUCUCCGUCAAGCUAUAUGCAUGAACACAAGGUGUGUAGGACUCCCAUCUUCAACACACUAUGGUCCAAAGUCCGGUAUCAAAUCCCGUUCCCUUAAAAGGAAAGAUUGUGGAAAAGGACAAUAUCAAUCGAACCACACAGACUUGCAGGAUGGAAAAAAGUGGAUCCUAAAACUGUAAAUAUGGACAAAAUUGUAUUCAAAUUAUCUGGGAUCAUGAGUUAUCUGUUCCUGGGAAUGCAGCAAGAGGAGCACAUUGGUUUCUGUAUGUUACAUAAACCAUACAGAUGAAACCUCAUAAAUGGUUAUGGAGGUGAGGUGCCAAACAUAGUACUGUGGGCUUUAACACUGUAAGAAAACUGAAAUUGUAUCCCAUAAUAAAUUAGCCCUCUUUCAUUUGAAAACAGGUGGCUUUCUUGACUAAGGCAGGUAAUUUAUGAUCUCUAGUGGGUAACUGUUUCAAAUACUCUGGAGUCAUGAUGCUCUUUUUAACUGGCAUUUGUUUUAUUAACUGAACCGAGUGACCUCUCUUACACAGCAGACAUUGGGUUACAGUUGCCAGAAACGGAUCCUAAACAAGUUGAAAAGCACUGACCAAAUUGGUCAAAAUCUCCUCUCCGAAGUCCAGACAGGCAGCUGUCACUGAAGUCUGUGGAUUUGAGGGCAAAAUGUGGCUAUAAUGGACUAAAUGUUACACAAUACAAUGUUUUAAAAAUAGUUGUCUUCAAACAGCACAUAGAAGCUGGUAAUGCCACUAAAAGUUGCUUCAGCAAUUGAAAAAAGCUGGGCUCGUCAAAUGAGCCAUAUCACACUUGAGCCAGUGUGACGAACCCACUCUUAAGCUGCGUAUUUAACAAACAGCUCUCUGGGCUUGUUUUCUCUGUUUUUGAUUAAAGGUAUUUGUGUUUGAAAUCUCAUUCCAUAAUUGUAUGUUUUGCAGUGAAGGUUGUUAUGCUGUCUUUCAAGAUCUGACAUGGUUCGAUUUAGGGAUGUAAGGUUUAAAUGGUUAACUGAUAAGCUUAUCGGUUUCCAUAAUGGUUGCACACCAAUUUCUGACCUCAUUCAUAGGGAGCUGGCUGCUGCCCCCACACUGCUGGCUCUGUAUCAGUACUUGCAGCGUGAGUCAGCAGCUGGCUCACCAGGAGUGGGGUUGGGAGCUGGUGUGCUAGUAAGCUAGUUCCUGGUGCACACUGGCUCCAACUGCCGGCCCUGUUCCUAGGAAGCCAGCUUUCACCCCAUGCUGCGGGCUCUGCAAUAUGAAACUACAGCGCAGUCAGCUUCCCAGGAGCCAAGCCAGCACCCAGGAGCUGGCUCCUGAUGCGCACUGGCUGCUAGCCUUGCUCCCAGGACGCCAGCUACACUGUGGGCUCUACAGUAUAAGCUUUAUACUGCAGAGCCUGCAGCGUGUAACUAACUGUGUAAUCGUUAAGAUUUUUAACGGUUACAUGAUUACAUUAUUAACCGUUUAACAUCCCUAGUUUGAUUUUGGGGUGUCUGUAUAGUAUCAGUUAUCUUGAUCUGCAGAAGGACCCUGUGAGGACCCUUUCUCUAAAAACAUCAAUAUCUGACAAUUUCUAACAGGUGAGAGGAUAGCUUUUUGUGGGAGGAGAAGAGAUUAUGCCUCUAAAGGGCAUUGUCAAAUUUAAAAAAUUUUAGAGACUCCAUCUUGAAAUGUAGUCAACUUAAAAAGAAUUGAAAGUAGGCUCAAGUUCUAUACUUGCCUGAGAAUCCCUCUGCCAAUUUUGUGAUUUCACAACCAGGGAUGUUAAAAGGGUUAACCUGUUAAAAGAUAGCACUUAACCGGUUAACUCUUAACCUAGGUCCUGCCGCCCAGUUGUACAGCAGCCAGAAUCUCAUUUGGCCCUGCGAUGGUUAUGGCUGCUCUGGCCUGGCAUGGCUGGCCACUGCUAGAGUUAAUUGGCCAAGGGCUGGUUAACUGGUAAGCAUACCAGUAAGGCUCAUACCAGUUAACAUCCCUGUUCACAGCAAUUUCUUAUUUACAAAUCUGCCUCCACACAGCAAUAGGAGAAAUUAUCACUGAUAAAGUGAUUAUAGUUGCACAGUGAAAAUGAUUCUGUGCAGAGUGUCAAAUUUAAGCACCAUGCAAGGUUAAACCUUGUAGAAAAACAGACAGAGGCACGUGUAAUACUUGAAACUGACUAGAUAGCAAGUAAAGCGUCCCUUUGUAUUGAUAUAUAGUUCAGCUAGUCUGGAUUUAACUUUUACAAAUGUGUGUUUUGGGUUUUUUUCCUGCACAAAAAUGUAGGCAAUCUGUUUUCCUUCUGUUUUUCUGCAGGAACCUGGCAUCUCUAGCAAUCUGUUUUGUCCUGUUUGGAUGAUUAUUCUUCCCCACAUAGCUCAGAUUUAAUUGAUCACUCAUUAAACCAUCAAGCCUUAAAUAUAUCCAAUCAGUCCUUCAGAUCUGAAUCAGGCAGAGGUUUCCACUGGGGAUGUCACAAGAGAAUUAUAGUAUAUUGUGCUAAUCAGCCUGUACUGGCUAUAACUCUUUAUCUUUUCUGGCAGAUGAAGCAUUUCAAUCCCUUUGUGGUUCUGUUCAUUUGGGUUAGUUUUUUUCUGCUCAAGGGCAUUUAUCAACUGUGGAGUGACUAUGCUAAUCUCUACUGUGUCAACUUGUGGUAGUACAGUAUUUCCAAUGAAUUUUGCUCACAUUUUAUGAUCUUGUCAAUUUAUUCUUGAUGCCCUUACUCCCAACCUUUCUGAUGUGCUGCGGGUUUCUAUGUACAGUAGUGGCCACCCUGUCUGUAAACUGAUGAGUGGAUAGAAUUGUUUCCUGAUGAAAUCUAUGCAUGUCUUUAUCCUAAGUGCAAGCCCCUCUAGAUAAUGGAGUAUUUUGAAGUCUUGCCGCUCUCUCAGGCCCAAUCUUAUUUUUUAUUAAAUAUGGUGAUAUCAGCUGAACUUUCCCAUACCCGCAUACCAGUCUGCAAGAAGAAAUCUGGGAAUGGAACAUUGUAGGGCUUCCAUUGUUUUGGAGGAACUGUUGGGCUGGAAUAAAGAAGUGUCCCAACGCAAUACAAUCUUUGAAUGAGUUUGGGAGUUUGAAAGCCAUGAUGCUGGAAUUUGACUGCCUACGUCUGUUGCAAUGGGAGUAUAGAAUGAUACGACUCGAUGCCUGUUCUAAAAUCAGAUACUGGGUGAAUGUAUUGUGUACAUUUAACAGGUUUCACUGUUGCACUGUAAUAUGUCUUUGUGUAAUUCAUUAAAGCUUUUAUUAUUUAUUUGA